AUGGCUGCGUCCCAGCGGGAACACGCGGCCGGGGUGGGGCGGAGCGCGCUCAGUCCUGGGGGCGCGCUCAGUCCUGGGGACGCGCUCAGCCCUGGUGGGGCGCUCGGCCCCGGGGGCGCGCCCAGCCCUGGGGACGCGCUCGGCCCCGGGGGCGCGCUCAGCCCUGCGGACGCGCUCGGCCCCGGGGGCGCGCUCAGGCCCGGGGGGCGCGCUCAGCAGGAGAGUGGGGUGGCUCGGUCUGGGGAAACACCUGCGUGGCGAGACCGCGCCUCGAGAGCCAGGGACGCACCAGACGCGUCCCCCGACCUGCGCCUGGGCGAGGGGCCGUGUGGACGCGGUGCGCCGCCACGGAGAGCAGAGGACAGGGUGCCGUCCACGGCCGAGGUCUGCGCGAGGCCUGGGGACCCCCCUCGUGGGGGCCCGGGUUGGGUCUGCCCUCCCCCCGCCCCCGGUGAUGCCGGCGGUCCCUCCGCACCUUCGUUUUCCGACGACCUGGAGAGUCGGGGGGGGGGGGGGGGGGGCUGCCCGUCCCGAUGCGGGCGGGGCCCUGAGGAGCAGGGUGCAGAAGUGAGCCGUGUCAGGAACCUCACCUGGUCUCCGGUGAGGCGGAAACAGGCCCACCGUGUGCCCGAAGCCUCCGCAGGCCCGCCUUCCGCUCCCAUCGCAGGUACCCCAGGCCCAGGGCGGCAGCCGGGACUGCUGGUCGGGGCGCAGCCUCUCAGACACAUCGUGACCGAAGGACCGAAGGACGUGCUGGACGUGCCGCUCCCUGACUCGCCAAGUGCUUCCCAGCCUCGGCCCAUUCACAGAGCUCUUCCCCGACCGAGGCCCGAGAGCGGUCCACCCCGUCCUGGAGGCUGGGGUGGCGUGACAGGCUCCCCUCCCACUCUCACUGGAUCACGUGGAGUCACGUCCACUGGUCCUGUUCAUGCUGGCAAAGGCGGGCAGAUUGCUCACCGGCCCCCAGCCGCCCACUGCUCUGGACCCGUCAGGGCACAUCUCAGAGCCUGCUAAGUGGAUACAAUCCUGCGUUCUUGGCCCAGGACUUCACCCCGAAAGUGAGCUGAUGACUGAGAGUGGG